GCCGUUAGCUCGCCUCCAUUUGAUCGACGACGACUAAACGUUGAACUCUGAGGAAGAAGCUACAAUUUCGAAAACUAUUUGACUACAAAUCAGUAAAUUACAGCAGUUUACGUUCUGUUUCGUGAAACUGUAUUGUAAUACGUUUUCACAAGUGAUAUUUUUAUUCGGUUAUAUCGUUUAUAUCGACGUUAACAGAAGAGCGGUUUCCAGCUACAAUCGACCUGCCUGUGGCAGAAAACAAAACAAUGGCCAAGGAAGCAGCCUCACACUCUGAGAUGGCUCAUGCUCGUCAGACGGAUGGCAUCAAUGUGAUCUUUGACAAGGAGAGCCCUUGCUCAUCUCACUCUCGUUCUCAAUCCAGAAGCAGCUCUGCCAGCAGCCGCUCCUCUGGCAAUUCCAGGGGACGUGACACCCGCAGGAGACAUAACAGGUCCUCAUCUUCAUCUAGCAGCUCACCCUCUUCUCGCUCCAGGUCUCGCUCUCACCCUCGUUGCCACAGACCAUCCUCCUGUUGUCGCUGUGAUGACCAUCGCAGAUAUGGCCGUGGUCGUGACCGCUGUUCACCGCCACGACGAUACAGGGCAUACUCCCGCUCCUACAGCCGCUCACGUUCACCAGACAGUUACUCAAGUCGCAGACGCUAUAGGUUCCACUACAGGUCCAGGUCCCGGUCCAGGUCACCCAGCCGCUGGAGUAGGGAGAGGAGACAUGUGCGCCAGUACAGAUCAAGAUUUCCCCCAUCCCCACCCAAAUCUUACAGGAGCCGGUCGAGAUCCAGAUCAUCUGGACACUCUGCCAGUUUGAGUUUGCAUGAUAAAAAAGCACUCCUCGAAGCGGCGAAGUCCAAUGCCAUGAAGAUAUUGGGAGUGGAGAAGCUAGACCUACCUGAGAGUGUGAAGCCUAUCCUAUCAGAGCAGUCAGCAGAGUCCGAACGGGUGUCACCAGAGCCAGAGACAAGGGUGAGACAAGGCCCAAAAAAGACUGCAUCACAGAGCAGCGACGUGGAGUCUGAUGACAUGUCCAGCCCAAACACAUCCCCAAAAAGAAAGAUCAUCUCUUUCAGCAUUAAUAAUUCUGUGGCUAAACCAACUGUGGUAGCUCCAUCUUGUGCUAAGGUAACUCCCAGAGUGGACAGCUAUGAAAGCAGGAAGCCCUACGGCCACUGGGUUCCAGUCAGAUCAGGCAGAACCUCCAAUACACGCAAACACACUCUGACCAAGUCACAUUAG